GUAAACGUUUUCUGUUUGGUUAGUAGCCAGGAGCGGAGAGAAUUUUUGUUCACAUCGUUUGCGACAAAACGAUGAGGUUUUAAAAAUGAUGGGCGAUCAGUUCCGUAAAGUAGAACAAUAUUCACCAAAAUCGUCACCGAGAGGGGCCCGGUCGCCCGUUGUUUCGCGCCAGGAUUCCUCUGGAACAUUAAAAACGACAAUUUUGUUGGGAAAGAACCCCUCCAUUGUCCCGAGCGGGCCGUUCUACUUACUCAAAGAACCACCAGGAGAAUCAGAAUUGACCGGCGCUACGAAUUUGAUGGCCUAUUAUGGCCUCGAACAUUCAUACAGUAAAUUCAGUGGCAAGAAACUAAAGGAGCAACUUUCAUCAUUUUUACCAACACUUCCCGGUGUUAUAGACUCACCAGGACAACAGGACAACAGUUCUUUAAGAUCAGUUAUUGAAAAACCACCAAUUGGUGGCAAAGAUCUAUUACCAUUGACAAGUAUACAAUUAGAUGGAUUCAGACUUCAUCCGGGACCAUUGCCCGAACAGUACAGAUACACAAAUGCGACCCCAAUAAAGAACAAGCACAAGAACAAACACAAAAAACAUAAACACAAGGAGGGUGGACUGCCUAGUCAAGAGAUCGCUAUUACGGACACGGGAAGCGACACACACGAGAAAAAGCACAAGAAACAGAAACGACAUGAUGAGGACAAGGAGCGGAAGAAGAGGAAAAAGGAGAAGAAAAGGAAAAAACAGAAACACAGUCCAGAACACAGUGGCGGUUUGACGCCCAGCCAGCACACGAGCAGUUGAACCACCAUUCCAAGUACCUUGAUAUGCUUUUAUUUUAGAAAUUUAACUGAACUAUGUUUAUGGAGUAUUUAUCGUUUUAUUAAAAUAGUAUGUUAUUUUUACAA